AUGAUAGCGAGGAGUGAAUUCAUACCCCAAAUACAUGAGCGUUUUGAGAGAAACCUUGUGAGGAAAAAGGUUUAUGCGUAUGGAGUGAAGCGAAUUAAUUUGGAGCAAAUUGGAGAAAAGCUGGAAAAAGUGCCUAGUUCCUCAAAAGUGCCUCCAGACACUAUUGAGGAACUGGCCCGGAUUACUUUCUGCGAAUCCUUUGUGGCCAAUUCCUCAAAAGUGCCUCCAGACACUAUUGAGGAACUGGCCCGGAUUUCUUGGUUUGCACUCUAUUUAGACAGUAAUCCUGUUCUGAUAUCUACUCUACUCUUGCGCUACGGCGUUUUCUUCCGUGGUGAUGAAGAUAGAGAUAUAAAAUAUACAAAAAUAGCAGUGGAAGAAGCAUACAAAGGUGUAGAAUGUAGAGAUGGAGGCCCAUUUGGUGCAGUUAUUGUUCUUAAUGAUCAAAUUGUUGUGAGAUGCCACAAUUUGGUUCGGAGAAACAAAGACCCUACUGCUCAUGCUGAAACUACUGCUAUUAGAGAGGCCUGCAAGAAGCUUGAUCGAGUCGACCUCUCAGAUUGUGAAAUUUAUGCUUCAUGUGAGCCAUGUCCAAUGUGCUUUAGUGCCAUUUAUUUUUCAAAAAUAAAGAGGUUAGUUUACGGAGCGAAAGCUGAAGCAGCAAUGUCUGUAGGAUUUGAUGGUUUCGUCGGUGAGAGUCAUAAAUUGACUUGGAUUUAUCAGAAGGGUCAUUUGGAGAUCAAGAAAAUUGAUGAUAGUGAUGCCGAUUUUGCGGAACGAGUAUUUGAAGAAACGAAAGGGAAAAUUACUCCUUUUAAGAUCUAAUCCUUUGUUCUUGAUCAUGUACUGAAAUCAUUGUACUUUAAUUUUUUUUGGAGGAGGUUGAGAGCACACAUUAAUCAAAUCUGUAUUAUGAUUAUUUUAAUCGGUAUAUUUGUACUCAAAAUCGAGCAAUGAGCGUCUCAUGUUUGAGUAUUUCUAGUUCCAAAUAUUUCAAAGCAGAUGGGAGCAUCGAUGGACUACUAGUUGUCUGCCAUAACGAGGUGCGUUGAAUAGAAGAUUAAUUUUGUUGUAAUUGCAGUUUCUAAACAUCUUAUAACUUUUUUGUUUGGAUAAAAUUUAUGGUUAAUUGUAAAUUAACUCACGAACUUUAGCCUCA